AUGUGCAUCAUCUUUUCAAUCCUACAAGGUCUUGCACAGAAUAUUCAUAGUUUCAUCAUCGCAAGAGCUCUAUUGGGGUUCUCCACAAGUUUCCUUGGACAGCCUAAUCCGAUUAUCAUUAAGGAGCUGGCGUAUCCUACUCAGCGAGGUAAAAUUACUGCGUUAUACAAUACAUUCUUUGUAAGACUAUAUUUUCUCCCCGAGUCUCCAAGGUGGCUCGUAUCCCGAGGUCGAAAAGAGGAAGCUCGAAAAGUACUGGUAGAUUAUCAUGCAGGAGGUGAUACAGAAUCUUCCCUCGUCACCUUCGAGAUGCGGGAGAUCGAACAUGUUCUCAUGGAAGAAGCCGAAGCCAUUUCUGCUAAUUCAUGGUUGGAGCUAAUUCGGACUCCUGCCAACCGCAAGCGCACUCUCAUCGCCGUUGUCCUGGGUUUCUUCGCCCAAUGGAACGGGGUGGGAGUAGUCAGCUACUAUCUCGUUCUUGUUCUAAAUACCAUCGGUAUAACCCAAGCCAAAGAUCAAACUCUCAUCAACGGACUUUUGCAGAUUUUCAGUUGGCUUGUUUCAACCUUUUUGGGGGCUCUGAUGGUUGAUCGUAUCGGCCGAAGGGCUUUAUUUCUGACGUCAACGGCUGGAAUGCUUGUGGCAUAUAUCAUCUGGACGGCUGUGGUUGGCUUUAUCUUUAUCUACUAUCUGUUCUACAAUAUCGCCUGGAACCCACUUCUGCAAGCAUACCCAGUGGAGAUCUUUCCUUAUACCCUGCGAGGAAGAGGUCUGUCUGUUACUUACAUAGCCUUUUUCGUCGGUCUUAUUCUCGGCAACCAGGUCAAUCCCAUAGCUAUGGAAAUCAUCACGUGGAGAUACUAUAUAGUGUUUUGCUGUAUCCUUGUAAUUCUAUUUGUAGUUAUUUGGUAUUUGUUUCCUGGAACGAAGGGACAUACCCUUGAGGAGAUCAAGGAGGUAUUUGAGGGUAAACCGGAGAGAGACAAUGGGAUGACAGAGGCUGCAGUGGAUGGCGAGAAGUCUUGA